AUGGAGUUCAUCGACCAGAAAGCCCUAGCGGCGUUUCCUGGGCCUUUGAUCCCCCAUCUUUGGUCGGUGUUCAAGGGGAAACAAUCCUACGAACUGCUCAGGCUCCACGGCAAAUACGGCCAUGUCGUUCGUUACGGACCAAACGAACUCAGUUUCAAUUCAGCCCGGGCUUGGAAAGACAUUUACGAGUCCCGCGCAGGCCACCAACCCUUCCUCAAAGGCACCUGGUAUGAUGGUCUGAGCAUCUACGCCGCCCAAGACGUACGCUCGAUUAUCACCGAGCGCGACCACGCAAAACACGCCGCAAUGAGUCGGCUUUACGGCGGCGCCUUCUCACGCUCCUUCCUGAACGAGAUGGAGCCCAUGAUCAUCGACUAUAUCGACCGCUUCGUCGAACACGUCCGCUCCAAGACGGCCGACGGCGGCGUCGUGGACCUGACUUUCGGCUACAGCUCCAUGACGUUUGACAUCAUCGGCGACCUGGCCUUUGGGCAAGACUUUGGCGCCAUCGGGAUGGAAACACCCCACAAAUUCAUCCUCCAACUCAACGAGUCCUUGGGGUUCACCAGCCUCCAUGAGGCGAUCAAGCGCUUCCCACCUUUGGGACCCAUCGCGCGCGUCCUCUUCCGGGGCAAAGUCGCCAGACUCGAAGAGAUCGCGCGGACGGGCGGGGACUUCGCCCUUGAGGUCAUGAGGAAGCGCGUCGCGGAGCAGGACACGACGACGCGCAAGGACUUCCUGACCAGGGUGCUGGCACAGCGCGCCAGCACAAAGGUGGACAUCUCGGAGAUCCAGCUGGCCGCGCAGUCGUGGGACUUUAUCGGCGCGGGCACCGAGACGACAGCGGCGGUGCUGACGUCGACGACGUACUACCUGCUGCGGGACAAGCAGCUCCUCGACCAGGUCACGGCCGAGGUGCGCGCGGCUUUCCCCAACGCCGCCGCGAUCACAAAUGCGGCCACCGAGAAGCUGGAGCUCCUCCAUCGCGUCUGCCUCGAGGGCUUGCGCCUCCCGACGGGGGCGCCGCCUAUCCUGCCGCGUCUGGUGCCCCGAGGCGGCGACACGGUCGACGGACAUUUCAUCCCGGGAGGCACCCCGGUGACCAUCGCCCCGAUGGUCGCGGCGCUCGACCCGGCUAACUUCAAGGACCCGCUGGCAUUCAAGCCAGAGCGGUGGCUGGGCAAGGGCGGGGAUAUCUUGGAUGCGAGCCAGCCCUUUUCACUCGGUUCCCGCGGAUGUGCAGGAAAGGCCGUCGCGAUGAUGGAAUUGCGUGUGGGGUUAGCCAAGAUGCUCUACACGUUUGACCUGGAAAUGGAGGACCCUGACUUGGACUGGAUUGGGAAGGAUUUCGACAACCUGCCGCAGUACGCUUUGUGGGUCAGGCCCAAGCUGAAUGUCAAGGCCCGGCUGGCCGGUCAAUGA